GUUUGUUUUUGAAAUUUUUCAUGAAUUACUGUAGUUUAGUACAGUUUCAUGUUAGCUUUAUUGUUUAAUGGAAGAGUUAAAAGCCACCGUUCUUCCAGAAUUUCACAAUGAUGUCCAAAAUGAAUUUGAUGUGGUCUUAUCACCAACAGUUGACGUGAAUGAAAUAAACGUCAAAAGGAACGAAUAGAUGAUGACGAAGAAAUGUUUUUUGCUCCGUUAAGCCUUCCCGAGAAGUGUGUUCCUACAUCCCCAGGCUUGUCGGAAGAACAUCGUAUCAAAACAUAUAGCCCAGUAACUAAAGACCAAUACGUUGAAAUAUUCCAAGAGGCGACAAAACUAGCAUUACGCUUCAAAAAACUGUCGUCAAGCACAAGCACGUCUUGUACGUCUUCUCAUCAAGAUAACUCCCUUUCCUCUUCUAUUCUGGAACUUUCAAGCACCGAAUCCAAUUCACCUACUUGCCUGACUGGAAAAGCGUCAAAUGGAAGUAGCGAAAAUUUGUAUGUCUUUCAAUUCAAAGACGAUGCGACUCCCUCUACAAUGACUAUUCAUGAAAAUACAGAGACACAGUCACCGAUAUCACAUGAUGGGCAGCUAAGUGAAACCACUGAUGACAAAAUCCCCAUCUUACCUCUCACAGGCAAAGAAAAUUUAGAGCCUGGUUUUUUUGAUGUCAAAAACACCGAGUUUGUGGAGAAUCUGUUUCACGAAUAUGAUGCUGAUGAUUUACCACACGUCCUAAAAGAUCGUAGAAACUUGACCCCGAAAAGUUCGAUAAAAAAUCCGACGGGCUCGUUGCAAAAUUGUGAAAAACAUGCCAAUGUCAUUAAGAACAGCAGUAUUUUGCGGUGUGGUAAUCCAUCAGACUGCCCCAACAUUUUAAGAAAGUCUCGUAAAAUUGGUGGAAAGUGCGAUAAAUCUAAAGACAUGAAUACCGCAAUUGGUAUAAAUGUUGAGUUUGAAAGAAAGGAUGGUAUUUGUACUUCGGAGAGUAUUUCCAAAGACAAUUUGCUUACUGGCGAAAAUGAAGGUUCCAAUGAGUUGCGCCGAAAAACAGCUGCUGAAAAUGGCGUGGAAAACGCUAUUGUAAACAAUUCAGAAGUUGAAAAAGUUUCGGUAGAGAAACCCGUCGAAGAUACUGACAUUAUAAAAGCAGUCAAUGUUGCUGUCAAAGCAGCUGGCGAGGCAAAGAAUGCUUCACAUGAUCAUGCAAAUGAAGAAAAAGAUGUGAAAAACCACUUCAAAAUUCCUAUCGCUGCUGCACCCAAGCCUGUUGCAUCACUCAAAUAUGGGAUGAAAAAUGCAAAGAUGUUUAAAAAGACAGAAUCGAACAUAAAGCACACUGAGGUGACUCGGUACGGGAACUCUCCUGUUGUGGAAAAAAAGAGUAAAAUAUUAUAUUCGACAGCACAAGAACAGCCUUGUCGUACUAAAGAAAAGUCCGAUGACGCUAACAGGUCGCUCGAUAGUAAAUUACAAAGAAUCGGGCUUGGGAAAAUUGAUAAAUUGAAAGAUGGCGAGGCGAAUGGAGAAAGAGCCAAAACAUUGGGUAAAAGAAAUAUCUUCAGUCCGGAAGAAUCCCUUACUACGUUAAGAGCGGAAAGAUCUCGAAAAACUCAGAAACUAAAGCUUGUAACGUCAAAGUUGAGUAAGAUUCCUGGUCCCAUUUGCCGUCUACGAAGAAGUAGUUCGUUGUCGUCUCUCGACUCGUACCAGUCCUCGUCGUCAUCACAAAACUUGCAAGACGACUGCACCAGUACAAAUAUGGGUCCGAUGACAAAAAUGCUUUCUUCAAAAGUUUGUCUUGCAUCGUCAUCUGGUCUUGCACGACGUUCCAAGUUACACGAUCCAACUACUGACAAUAAGAAAGCUACGUUCACGAAAGGAGGAAUUCCUAAACCUGGCUUUAAGUCGAAAAUGAAGAAAAUGUCCGACACACAACUUUCUGUUAAUCCGGGGAAAAUAAAAGGAGAAACGUAUGGCAAAGUUGAUAAUAGCACAAUUGCAAUGACAGCCACCCCUAGGUCAUCGCAGCCUGUUACUUCACGAGGAUCGAGCUUCAAAUCGUCCUUCUGCAGUACCAGUUCUCGCGAAGACUCCAAUCUGAAGUAUGUAACUCCUCAAAUGACAGGUGAAUGUUUGCAACAAGAUUUAAAAAGUAGCGAAAGGACAGUGACCAGAACAGCAUCGACUUGUAAAAGACGAUCAAUAAAUAUUUCAACGACAUCGCUAAAGGGGCCAUCAUCUUUACCAAGGAGGAGCUCAAAAAAUUCUAACGAUGAUUCGAAAUUAUUUUUAUCGUCGUCUGGUGUAAAUCAAACCAAGAGUUCAAGGACAACCAAGAGACAGUUGAUCUCCAACGGUAAACUUUCCACCGGAGAUAAUCAAAGUGGAACACUGAGAGUAGAUGAUUUACUGGAGUGCAAUGACUUUGGAUUUGCCGACGUUGUUCCUAUACAACCAUUACACGUACAAAGAAAUUAAGAGAACAAGGGCUGAGUAAUAGAAGUGCUUUACUGUAAAAAAUUCAUCAUUUAUGAAUUGACAGUAAGGAGGAGUAGUACUUAAGAAUCCCCGAGACUUCACUUCCGGUUUCGGCCUGAUGAGUCUGGCUUAGGCUUAAAAAAUCCGCCUCGGCUAAAAAACUCCAACUUCUGAUAAAACAAGCAUCAGCUAGGUAUUAAUGUCACAUGUCCAAAGAUUCGUAAAAUUUCAAAACAUAAAAGAACUGUUUUUGUCGAAGUGGAAGAAAUUUUUCUUUUGAUUUCAUUUGAUUUCAUCUUUUUGUUUUAUGAAUUGACGAAAAUGUCGCAUUAUGCAUAAAAAUUACAGAUGCAAUUUCUUGUUAGAUUAAUAAUUAUUUUAUGAUAAUUUCUGUUUUUGUAUUUAGAAGGAAUCUUGAUAAAGGCAAACUUGCCGAUGUUCAUACCGUUUCUUAUUAACAAUAUUAAUGCUAGAGUCUCGUGCCGAUGUCACUGAUGAUGGUGGACAUGAGAAAUUCUUGGUGUAAGUGUCGGCCAUUUGUUGUUGUGAUGGUCCAAAUAUUGUUCGGCCAAAUAUUGUCACAACGAAAAUUGCAACUUUCACUUCAAUUGAAGCAAAAUUUUGAUAAAAGACUUAUGACAUAAAAAAACUUAUCACUUUAGGACAAUCUCGACGGCAGAAUUAUUUUUGGGGAGGUGGAGGCAAAACACCCCCCAAAUGUUACUUACAUACAUUAUUAUGUAACGGACAUUUUCAAGUUACAUAUAUAAAAACCUUAUUGUAAGAAAUAUUGAUGGGACAGUCCCCCUUUUUCCUGCGCUUCGGCUCGCUGUCAAUACAACAAGGCAUCAUGUUGUCUGUCAACUUUCAUAAAGCAACAUGCUAUACAUUUCUGUUGAAGUUUUUUCUUUUUCUUAUCAAUAACUUCGGAAAUUUGCUGUAUUUUUUGUCAUAUUUAAUGUACUUGGAUGUGUAAUGACCGGAGUUUUUGUUUUGACGUGAACUCGCGGCAUUGUGCAGCCAUGAGGAAGGAAUUGAGAAAUGUAUCACGGUGAAAAAUUCAUCUUUAUGCUGUGUGUAUAAAAAGUGUCAAAUUGUAUAAAUAUGGUAUCGUACAUUGCA